CUGCCGGAAUAUCGACGUUUUUAGUUGUAAAUAUUUAAUGUAAUGAUUAUUAGGAUUUAAUUACUAUUCAAUUUUUAUUUUUAUUGAUUAUAGACGUGUGCAUUGUAAUCACCAUAAUAACAUAAUAUUGUUCGUGUUCCCAGACGAUUGACCAUGCCGUCAUUAUUUCGACAGAUAUAGAUUUUCGUCUUUGGUAAAAUGAUUUUCUGUUUGAAUUUUGGUACACGUUCAAUACCGUGAUAUCGGUUUUUGGUCAAAUACGUAUGACUUUUUUUUGUGUAAUUAGAAGAGGAUAAAAAAUAGUGACGUUAACGAUGUAGUUUAACAAUUUUACUCGUUGUUUGUCAUUACCAAAAUUUUACGAGAUUCAGAACGCAUACCCUCUAAAGUCUCCUCACCAGUUACCAUUCAAUUAACAUUACAUUUUUAAGAUGAAGCUCGAUACUUUAUCAUUGAAAUAUAUCCAAAUAUUUUUUGUUGUCGUUAUUUAUUGGGUGAUUUCUAUUCUGACAGUAUUUGUAAAUAAGACUUUAUUGAGUAUUGACAAACUAGAUGUUGAUGCUCCUAUAUUCAUUGCAUGGUUCCAGUGUUUGGUUUCAGCAAUAAUUUGUUUCACUUUAAGUCGUUUGUCUAAGAUGUUUCCAACAGUUGUAAAGUUUCCCGAGGGAAAUCCGUUUAAUACAGCCACUGUUAGAAAGGUAUUACCAUUAUCAAUAUUAUAUAUUUUAAUGAUAUCUACAAAUAACUAUUGUCUAAAAUUUGUGGAUGUUACAUUUUAUUAUGUGGGUCGAUCACUCACAACGGUAUUCAACGUCAUACUUUCCUACUUAAUAUUAGGUCAAACUACUUCAAUUAGCUGUCUCCUUUGUUGUUUUGCCGUAGUGUGUGGAUUUUUUUUAGGAGUAGAUCAAGAAAAUCUUUCAGGUUCGUUUUCGUUGGUUGGAACAUUAUUCGGAGUCUUAAGUUCAUUUUCUUUGGCAUAUUACUCUAUUCAAAUUAAAAAAGUUCUACCAGAUGUCAAUAACCAAAUUUGGCUACUUUCUUACUUCAAUAAUGUAUACGCUACUAUAUUAUUCAUUCCACUUUUAGCGCUUGAAGCUAAGGAAUUGAGUAAUUACAGUAAACUGACUGAAUAUAAGUUUCUAUUACUUAUGAUAAUUGGUGGUGUGUGUGGACUAUCAAUUGGUUAUAUAACAGUACUCCAAGUACAAGUAACAUCACCAUUAACUCAUAAUAUAUCUGGUACAGCAAAAUCUUGUUUCCAAACCGUAUUAGCUUCAUUCUGGUAUAAUCAGUGGAAAUCUUCUGUGUGGUGGUUUUCAAAUUUUGUUGUAUUGGGAGGAAGUGCUGCAUAUACUAUUGUUAAGAAUAGAGAAAUGGAAAAAAAAUAUAGACCAAUAGCAUACAGCCGUUGUUAGUUUUAUUUAUUUUAUUUAUUUUUUUACUACUUAUAUAAGUUAAGCUUUGACCAUUUUUUUUUUUGUAAAUUAUUUUUUUUUAUCCUUAUUUGUAAUAAGAGUAAUAAGAUCUUACCUAAUCCAAAAUAAGGUGUCAGCUACCUGCAGCACUCAAAACAAUUUGGUGUAACUGCAAAAAACUUUUUUUUAUAUAAAAACAAACUUAAUCUAUAACGGGAACAUUAUUCUUAUUAUUCUUAUUAUCUUUGUCGAUGUGAAACCAGUAUUUCUUAAAUUAUUUUUCCACUCGUAGAUGUUAUACUUUUGUGUUUCCCUCGAUAAAAUGUUGUUGUACAAUUUAACUUUUGAUUCUAAAAAAAAAGUUUCCUACCUGUAUUAAUGUAUUUAACAUAUAAAACCAAUUUUUUUUUUCAUUAAAUAAACUGCUAUUUAUUUACAAGUACAA